GAGCGUCAGUAUAGGCAUUUGAGAAUCAAGAGAGGCAUAUAGCAUAUAGGGCCUAGCUAGGGCGCGGCAUAGCUUGGUUCCUGUGUUUGAAGAAAUAUAAGUGCAUGGAGCAAAAAUUGACUAUAAAAUAAGAUAACUUUUGGAAUCAAACUCACCUAGAUUAAGGCUUUAUAGUGGUUCGACUUCAAACUUAAUCAAGGCCUUUUACUCUGCCAAGGGAUAUUAUCAAUGAGUAUUUUGUAGGUUCGAGCCCGAGUGUAUGUUCCAGAGACUACAGUAACACGAUUCCAACAUGGCUGAAAAUGAGCUGCACCAAUCAAUGGGAGAUUCAAAUAAAUGUCAAAUCUGUCUACAAACACGCAAUGAACUAAAAACAUUAAAUUGCCAGCAUAGUUUCUGCUUGCAUUGUCUUCAAGAUUGGAUGAAUAAAAAGGGGGAAAUGGAGUGUCCCAACUGCCGUCAAGUACAGCGUAUUUGUGAGGGAGGGCUUAAGGAACUGCCUUCAAAAACAAAUAUUGAGGGUACUGAAGAGCAUUUAGUUGAAGGUCAUGGUGACAGGAAAUGCUACUGUGGUAAAGAAAAUGCUGAGUUCUUCUGUCAGGAUUGUAGACAGUGCAUAUGUUCCUUUUGCAAACAUUCUCAUGAUUUUUUGCCUGCUCUCAGGAACCAUACGCUAGAACCAAUCAAUACCAACUGGCCAACAGAAGAGCCAGAACCACUUUGUCCACAGCAUGAGAAAAAGUUCGAGUUUUAUUGCAACAUUUGUAAAACACCAAUCUGCCAAAAAUGCACUGUUACAGAUCAUAGUAAAGAUGAAGGAGAGCAUGAACCAAUCAGAGCUUCUGAGGCGUUCAAUGACUUUAAGUUAACAGCAAAUGCUUUGAUGGCUCGGGCUGAUAUUCACAAACAGCAGAUACAAGUAUGUAUAAACAAAUGUAUUGCAAAUAUUUCUGAUCUUAUUAGGAGUAUAACUUGUCUAAAAAAAGACAUGAACAAUACAGUGGAAGAAAUUGUUAAGUUAGUCAGUGAAAAAGGAGAGGCAUUGGAAGCGAAGCUGGAUGAUGUCUGUGAGGCAAAACAAGAGAAAAGUAACUCUCAAAUUGAUGAACUAGAAUCAAUAAUAUCAGGUGUGAAAGAAAAACAAGAAUACAUCGCAAAACUAUUGAAAAGUGGUGAAGCAACAGCCCUCCAAACUUUUGAACAGGUAAUCAUCGAGUUACAAGAAAAGAUUGCUGUCUUACCAGAGACAGAAGCUAGAGAUGAUGGGAAAGUUUACUCCUCCUCAAACAAAGAUCAAAUAUUGAAUACAUUAAGGAAACUGGAUAUAGGUAGUGUAACUGAAAAGCCAGAUGCAAAUAUCUUUGAAAUUGUACCAGGAUACCCAAAUACUGUUACACAUAAUCAAUCUUUUCAUGUUAAAAUAGUUCAAAAUAGUAAAUGUGAAGUAGAUAUAAAGGACCUACAGGCAAAAUGGUUUUUUAAUGAUAAAAAUUGGAGUAAUUGUGGCAAGGUUGAGCAGACUGGUGAGAGAGAGUAUAUUGUAAGCUCAGCUUAUAUGUCAUGGACAUGUAGUACCAUGAAGUUGCAUGUUAAAUUUUGUAAUGCUUCAAUAAAAGGCUCUCCAAUCACAAUCAAUAUUAAAUCACAAUGUACACUGACCAUCAUUGACAACAUUGCUAACAAUGAAAAGGGCAUCAGCACAUUAUUCUGGUCUCAAAAUGGUUAUUUUUUAAUGGGGUGCCACACAAAUGAAAUCUUUAAAGUAACAAAUGCAGGUGCAUAUAUGAGUAAAAUAGAAUUAUCACAAAAAUCAAGGAUUAGUGGAAUUUGUGAGUUGAAAAACAACAACCUGAUAUUUUGUGACUGGGGUAGUACAAACAUAACAAUUUGCAAACAAGAUGGUCAGGUGAUUAAAUCCAUAUCAACUGGUCUGGCAAGUCAAAGUUCACCAACUGGUAUUGAUGUGAAUGAAGAUUUAAAUUUAGUAUAUGUUUCUGAUCUAACUGCAAAUUGUGUGUAUGCAUUUGACAUGGAGAGUAAUUCUAAGGUGAAGACCAUUGGAUUUAAGGGUUUUCUUGAAGGACAAAUUAAUGAGGUUUCUGAUGUUGCUGUCAUAAAAAAUGGAAAUCUUAUUGUGGCUGACAAUUCAAGAAUUCAGUUAUUUGACAAAGACGGUCAAUUCAUGAACCUUCUUGUUGGUGGAGGCAAAAAAACUGGAAUGGUGUUAAAGCCGUUUAAAGUAGUUGUUGAUUAUGAUGAAAACAUUAUAGUAGCAAGUGAAGGAAAGGUACAGUUAUUUGAUAGUCAAGGAAAGUUUGUUAAAGAACUUUAUCAAAACGUAAAUAGGAAAUGUGCAAAUUAUGUAAUAUCUGUCUUAUCCCAAUAUCCUCGAGUUCUUGCAUUAGCAGAAUUAAAUUCAAAUAAAAUCGACGUAGUUUAUUAUUAGAAUUUAGAGUCCUUAUGUAUCAAUAAAUAACUGACUACUUGAUUUAUUGGAUUAGGGAGAUAGUCAAAAUUGAUAAUCCAAUGUAAAUGUGGAUGACCAGUCAUAGCAUCCUAUACUCUGCAGUAUUCAGAAUUAAUAUUUAAAUUAGGCCUACUAAGGUUGAACACUUAUUGUUUUCGAACUAUUCUGUUUGAAAUCUGUGAGGUAUAUAAUAUACAUUAUGGGUGUGAUUCCCAACCAUUUUGCAUUCGUGGACCCAUGUCAAAAGUCUUACAGACCUCCAAGCCCAAGUUUACUCAUUGUCAAUAUUCCAUUCAUAAGACUAUAGACAGAAGAUGAUUCGCCGCAAAAGCACAUCAUCAUUUAAUUUAAAUUUGUUUCCUAAUCAUUUAAAAUCUUAUUUACAAAGACUGACUCCCGACUUUCAGUGGCAUAACGCCUGUGAGUUAUCGUGGGGCCCCUAACCACAUGGUCUUCGAUUUGCACCCUGACCCAAAAGGGCUUUGUUGAUACGUAAGAGCAAAAUGUGUCCUUGACAUUAACUGUAUAUCAUAUUAUAUCCAGUGGCGAAUUAAUGGGGUGCCUCAAUUUUUUAAUUUUAAGCCUGCGAGUGCUUAGAGGUGCUUUAAUCAUAAUUUUUU